GGAACACCCCUUUCAUGUUGUGAACUAGGAGGCUGGCAAGUUGACUGCAGCAACAGCUUCCAUUCGGCUUUGGUCUAUUUUAUGUCCAAAUACAAAAUUUGACAUUCCACAUUGAUGAUUCAUGCAAUGACGCAACGACUUCUAUUUAUGUUGUUGCCUUAUCUUGUGAGAACAUAACACUCAUUACAAAGUCUAAUCAAGGUUGAGCAAAUUGCAAGCACUAAAAAUGGCGGAGAAGAAAGUGGUCAUCGUAGGAGGUGGUGUUGCCGGUGCCAUCCUCGCAAAAACUAUACAACAUCAAGCCAACGUCACCCUUAUUGAUCCGAAGGAAUAUUUUGAGAUUCCAUGGGCAAGUUUGAGAGGAUUGGUGGAGCCAUCUUUUGCUGAAAGGAUAGUGGUCAACCAUAGAGACUACUUCAAAAAAGGUUACCUUGUUGUGUCCUCUGCUGUCAACAUAACUGAAACUGAAGUGUUGACUGCAGAUGGCCAACAGAUUGCCUAUGACUAUCUUGUUAUUGCCACUGGCCACAUAGAACCUAUCCCUAUUACCAGGAGUGAAAGACUUGACCAAUACAAAUCAGAAAAUGAAAAGAUCAAAUCUGCAAGUUCAGUUUUGAUUGUUGGGGGAGGUCCAACUGGUGUUGAGCUUGCAGCCGAGAUUGCUGUUGAUUUUCCUGAUAAGAAGGUAACUAUAGUGCAUAAAGGAACAAGGUUGUUGGAAUACAUUGGCCCAAAAGCUUCAAGGAAGACUUUGAAGUGGCUCAAAUCAAAGAAAGUUGAUGUGAAACUAGAGCAAUCAGUUGAGUUGAACUCCUCCUCCACAGAAGGAAAUAAGACAUAUCAAACUUCAGGUGGAGAGACUAUAGAAGCAGAUACUCAUUUUCUAUGCAUAGGGAAACCACUUGGCUCAGCAUGGCUUCGAGAAACUCUUCUAAAGGAUGACUUGGAUGCUGAUGGAAGGAUCAAGGUGGAUGAACACUUGAGAGUAAAGGGCAGGAGCAACAUUUUUGCAAUUGGAGAUAUUAUAGAUGUUCAAGAAAUCAAACAAGGGGUGUAUGCACAAGGUCAUGCUCAAUUGGUUGCCAAGAACCUGAAGCUAUUGAUAGAGGGAGGAGGCAAAAAGUUGGGAACAUACAAGGCACAACCACCAAUUUCUAUAGUUUCACUUGGAAGAAAACAUGGAGUUGCACAGUUCCCAUUCAUAACUGUGCUCGGAAGGUUUCCUGGCAUGAUCAAGUCAGGAGAUUUGUUUGUGGGGAAAACGAGGAAGGAUUUAGGACUCGAACCUAAUGUUAAAAAAUCUUAAUUUGGUAUAGUGAGUAUAUAGUUCUUCAACUCUUCUUUUCAUAGUCAUUGUUGUGCAUGGAUAAGUUGAUUGUAUGUGUUUAUAUUAUUUUCUUAUUGUAUUCAUCGAGUUCUAAUGUAAAUGUACCAUUUCUUAAUGUAUGGAGUCAGAUAUAAAAGUGUUACAAUGUAUUCGUUUGAGAAUUGA